GGGAAUUGUAGUUCAAGUCAUGGCGUGUGUCUGCGCAUUCAACAGAAGCUGUAGAGAUCGCUCCUUAAUUCAUAAACACUACCAUCCCAGCAUGCGCAACUGAUGGACACAUAUGGCGGAGAGCUAUGACUGAGGAUUUUGAUGAAGAAGUUGUUUUUGAGCAACUCAAAUCCAGUGGCAAUGGUUAGCCGUGGGAACGAGCCUGUGAUUCUGGCGUCCUGUUUGGGAUCUGGGACCUUUAAGAGUGUCAGAUCUACCUCCUCUGUUGAGCGAUGGUGCGUUUGAGACGAUGCAGGACAAGAGCGAGGGACAUGCGAGAGAACUCUCCGCUGUUCCAGUACUUGCAGGAUCUGGGACACACUGAUUUUGAGGCAUGUUCUCCCGCCUCUCAGGAGGAGGAGCCCAGCGCUGGUGGAGAGGAGGCACAGUAUCCUCAGGAUAUCCUCUCUUCUCACAGAAAGGGUGGUGUAUGGAGGGUGGUUGAUGCUCUGAGCAGUCUGAAUCCUCUUCAUCAAGACAGCGCCACCCGCUGGCAGGAGCAGCAGCUGGACGCUGUCUUCCGGCGGUUUUCUCUGCGCUGUCUGUUAUCUCAGGAUGUGCUGUUACAAGAGGACGUUGAGCUGAUCGAGCUCUUAGAUCCAAGCGUGCUCUCUCUGGGCUCCAGUGAAAGCGCCUGUCCCAGUGCCAGCACUGCUGUACCAGCACCACGCUACCUCUCGCCCCCCUCUAGAUGGGACGUGUCCGUAUUGGUGGGGCUUCUAGCUGUCCUGCUCGGCGUGUGCUUGUCGUACCCUGACCACGAGCGGGCUCUGUGGCUGUGCGGUGUCCUGGUGUGUGUUACGUGUGUGUGUCGUGGUCUGUCUCUGUGGCGCAAGGCCGUUCUUCAGCGUCGCCUCCAGUCUUUGGCUCUCCAGCUGGAGGGUUUGGUGAACAACAGCCGAGCGCUGACCAGUCUGUCUCGCAAAUCACUGCGACUCAUACAGGAGACAGAAGUCAUCUCACGAGGAUUCACCCUUUUACUCGACAGGGUGAGUGGCGCCUGUCCCUUUAACAGGGCGGGGCAGCUUCGCAGCCAGCAGCUGAUUGGUCUACGGAAGGCGGCCUAUCAGAGUCUUCGCUGCGCGUUCCGUGCCUCCCGCCUCGCCACAUGUGUCAUGCUCAAGUCAUUUCCGCUGAACUCAGAGAUCGACAAUGUCACAAACUACGUGUCCACCGUGCCAAUCAGAGAGCUUGGGCUCGGUCUGGGUGUGGAGCAUCUCUCUGAAGAGCAGGCGCAAGAACUGACCAAUGAUUACAGUCUGCCUUCACUCAAGAUGUUGUUCCAGUUGUGGGUCGGGCAGAGCUCUGAGUUUUUCCGACGGUUUGCUCUGCUGUUGUCUCUGGGGAGGGAGGAGCUAGACUCCAGGCCCAGCCCUGUCACGUACAGCAGCGUCCCGUUGAUUACUGACUCUCUCCAUCGCACCCUGGCCACUUGCCUCUGCGAUCUCCAGCGCAGCUAUGAUUUCCAUCGCUACUUUGAGACGCAGCGCCAUUCACUGUCCGCAGAAAGAAAUGGACGCGCUCAGCAGAAGUGUAGAGAGCUCAAUUCCCUGCACACGUCUGUCCGCAGUUUACAACUUCACCUGAAAACACUCUUAAACGAGGUCAUAAUUCUUGAGGACGAUCUGGAGAAGUUAAUGGUGGCUCAGGAGACGGAGGAAACGACGUGUACGGGAUAUCAGGAGCUGAAGGAGCGUCUGCAGCUGCUGCAGCCUCACAUGCAGGCCAGCACCUGCUGCUGGGACGACACGCUCGCGCAGGUCGACCGCAUGCUGCGCCGAGUCUCCAGCUGCCCAGAGAGUUCAGAUCAGCCAGAGGAAACCGCCCCAGAUCCCCCUCCUCCUGCCCCCAUUACAAGCAUACAGGACAGAGACCCCGUCCCAGAGGAACAGGAGCUGGAGGCAUACGUCUCGGACUCGGACUCAGAGACGGAGUGGAGGGGGGUCACAGACCUGCUCUCGCCGUGGGAACAGGAGCUCCAGCGGCGGGAACGUGAGGAGUCCAGACGUGUUUUACUGGAGCUGAAGUCUGUCCUGGGCAUCCGGACGUCAGAUGGAGAGAGAGACAAGCGCAAGCUUCUGCUGUUCAGUGAUCAGGCUGCCCUGGCUCAAUUUGCUGAGGACACAUCAAAAACGGACACAAACUCUUACGAAGGGCAUCUUUCGGCAGAGUCCAUGACUACCACAGACAACCAUGUGUCCCAGCAAGGAGAGGAGCUGGCUGAGAUUCUGAGUGGGGCGGAAAGAGAGAAAGAGUUUUGCUGUGGAGGUUCUGAUGUAACUAAAGAUACCAGUGAGGAGACUGUGGAGGAAACACAGCUCUUCCAAUCAGACGGGCUUAUAGGUGACGGACACCAUGGGACACACCCACUCCCGCCCAGAGUGCCCGCCCUCUCUGUGAUUGACAGACUGACAGAACUGCAUGGCUCAGAAGCGAUCAGUUUCAGCUCCGCCCUGGCCGCCCAGGUAGCAGCGCGCUCGCAUACGUUCACACACAUACAGGAAUGCACCUACGGGGACUCCUCGGAGGAAGAGGAAGUGACAUCACUGCAGACCAGGGAACCUGAGGAGGACUGAAACGGCAAGAUAUUUAUUCUCGUCCUCUUGGUUGUAUUUAUCAGGCUUGAUUUCAGGUCACAGACAUCAUUAGAUGUAGCUGGUGUGUGUGAAUGUGUGUUUUGGUUUUGCUCUUUAAAAGUGCGUAUAUUUGUGUUUGGGGAAUUGUUGUUUCAUGUGACAUCCCUCCUCGUGACAGGCCUCAGGUACAGACUGGCACAUGCUAGUACACUAAAUAACAGACCAAAACCUAAACAUUCACACACAAACACAAACUGCAAAACUACAUGUCCCAGUAACAGAAGUCCUACACAGAACCAAAACAAGCUCUUAAAUGCAUAAAAAGGGUAUGUCUCAUAAAGCCCAAGAAGAACAUGUCAGAGUCAUAUUUGACCUCAAUUCGAUGAAAUUGCUUUGCGUGCUGCUGUUUUCUGAGCAAAAUCAAAACAGUGCAAUAUUUUAACAUUUUUUUUAUUACUAUUAUCAUCUAUUAUAAUAUGAAACCAUUAUAACAUUAAUCAUACCAAAAACAGGCUUCCUUUUGUCUACGAAGAUUUGUAUUUUGGGGUGAAAUAUGACCCACGCAUGCAAUUCAUCUCAUUAAUUACAAGAGAAGCGGCAAAGUUAAUACUUGUGUCCCACUGGAUCGCAGCUGGCAUGUCGUCCUAAAAAAAGACAGCAUCUGUCCUGCAGUGACGCCUCUGUUUCGUAUGUUUUUGUGAGGUCGAUCUUUAGGGAAAUAAAUAGCUGCCCUGAUUUCAUUUCUGAGCGUUUCUUUUCAGGCGCAGCUGUUUCACCGCCGUGCCGAGGUUACUGCUUGAAAGUUAUUUUUAAAACAUACUUGUCACCAGUUUCAGGCUUUCAAACUGCCUGAAAAUGACAUUGGGAUUGGAUUUUAUCUCUAGAUUUUAUUAUUAUUAUUAUUAUUUUUUUUUUUUUUAGCAUAUAUAAAAAAAAGUGGUUUAAACCACAAAUUAUCAGGUCCUUAUUAAAGUAAAAAAAUACAGAUUUUAAGAUUUUCUCAAAUAAUACUGAAACCCUCUUUUAACUUAACACUGUGGAAAAGGUACUAAGCUACAGUUAAACUUGCCUUAAACAAUGUUCCCAUGUAAGGACUUGUGCACUACACACGAAUGUUACAAUGAGACUUUAUGAAUGUUGAUAAAACCAGAGAGCAAAAUCCUCGAUAUAACAGUGUUUGUGUGUGAACUGUAUGAUGUUUUUAUGUCUAACAUUCUCAUUUAAUUUCCUCAAUGCAUAUGCAUGACUCUCUCACAAUUGUCUUGGCCAUGGUAGAGACUGUCUCUGUGUAUUUGUCCUCAUUCAACACCAGGUUUGCCUUUUCUGAAGGUUCAAGUUUUUUCCUCAGUACAAAAGCAGCAAUCUUGCAUUUCAUUUGUGAAGUAAAGUAUGUGUACAUAUUUGUGUUUGUCUUCUGUGAGGUGAGCACACACAAUGUGCUACUAGGAAACACGUCAUUAAAGGAAAGUUUCUGCCAUCUACUGGA